AUGGCGCCUCAGAAGAACGGUCGUGUUUACGACUCGGAAGUUAAGUGUUGUAAAAAGUGUUAUAAAGUUGCACAAAGUGGUCUAUUAUGUGCGAAUUGUGGAACGUUAUCCCAUAGUGGCUGCCUGAAGCAACUAAAAUCGAUCAAAUAUAUCGAUGAUGAGACAGUUAUAUGCUGUGAGGAGAGUGUGAGGUUAAGUGAUCCACCAAACAAAACCUUGGAUAGUGAGGCUGACGAUGAGGAUCCGAGACAAACUGAAAUAAGCGAUGGACCCAAAACUAUGGCCCGUAGGCUCUUAUGUAAGCAGGUUUUUUAUGAAGCGUCCAACACAUACUCAAAUAAAAUGAAGGAUGAAGAAACGACCGUUAACCCUCCAUCAAAUUUUCAAAAUAACCUAAUUCAACAAGGCACGGUAAGCAUGUUUCAUGUCAAUUUACAGUGUAUAUCAAAUAAAGUCGAUAUGAUCAAUGCUUUUCUUGCGGAUAAAAAGUUCUAUGACGUCAUAUGUUUUUCAGAGCACUGGCAAACUGAAGAAAAUCUAAAAUUAAUUAACAUCUCCGGCUUUUCACUAGCUAACUUUUUCUGUAGGGUUGAAAAGAAGCAAGGUGGCGUUGCAAUUUAUGUAAAAGAAAAUCUUAUGUAUUCUUCUCUUAAUCUAAAUGAAUAUAACGUAGAGCAAACUUCAGAGUUUUGUGCAAUUUAUAUACCUUCAAUGAGAACCAAUAUUUUAACUGUAUACAGAUCAGGUAAUGGUGACUGUGACUUGUUCUUGGUGAAUUUUGAGAAUGUUAUAGCAUUCUUACUUAACAAAGCAGACAAACUGAUUAUACUUGGGGAUUUUAAUAUAAAUUUUAAAAUUAAAUCUGAAUCUUCUUAUGAUAUUCAAAAUCUGUUAAUGUCUUUUGGUCUAGAAAUAACGAUAAACGAUUAUACUAGAAUCACAUCUCAAUCCAGUAGUUGCAUCGAUAACAUUAUGACUAACUUUUCUGAAAAUAUCUACAGGGUGGGCGUAUUUGAACCUUGUUUCUCUGACCAUCGAGCACAAUUUAUAUCUAUUGAUUCUGAUCUUAAAGUUGUUGACACUAAUCAAUCAUUUCAACGGUCUAUUACUUCUUCUGGUUUGCAGAAGCUUAAAUAUGCACUAGCUAGUACAAAGAUGGACUUUUUCUAUGACACCAAUAACGAUCCCGAUGUCUUGAUGUUCUUUUUAACUGAAACUUAUAACAACUUAAUAUUAAAGUUUUUUCCAUUAAAAAAAGUACGACAAACUGCUAAAAUAACACCCGUGCAAUGGUUUAAUGACGAAUUAAGGUCUUACAGAUCUAAUCUUUCUCUCAUUAAACACAUUGCAGAUGUCACUAAGGAUCCCGAUAUUUUCAAACUAUAUAAACAACAAAAAUAUGAAUAUAAUCGGCAGUUACAAAAUGCUAAAAAGUCGGCUUACUCUGGUUUUAUUACUAACUCCAAUAAUAAACCUAGAGACUGCUGGAAAAUAUUAAACUUCGAAAGAGGCAAUACAAGAUCCAGUUCGGUACAACCAGAUCUAUCUCCAGACGAAAUAAAUCAAUUUUUUAUUACAAUCGCAGAGAAUAUAAUUACAUCCCUUCCCACUAUUAAUAACGAUAUCCUCUUCAGUUACAGAAACUAUCCUUCCCCGAGUAAGUCCUUUUGUUUCCGACCCGUUGUGGAAGAUGAGAUCUCUCAAAUAAUUAAAUCUCUUAAUAAUUCCAAUUGUAAGGACGUUCACGAAAUAAAUAGCAAAAUUUUAAAAGAAACUUACCAAAUAGUUUUAACACCUUUCACUCAUCUUAUUAACUUAAUUUUAUCAACUGGAGUAUUUCCAGAAGCACUAAAGUACUCAAAGCUGUGGGGUUCUGCUGGUAAGAGUAAUUUAGACCUUGGUUCCUUAGAUCAUUGGUACUAUAAGAACAGUAGGGAUCUAGAGAUGAAUAUUGUUAACAAUACCACUGCAAAAUUUGCCAAGAGUCAUGAACAACGACUUUCUCAACACUUCAAUGUUGAGGCCAUCCAGCUCCUCGGCAACACGGACCUGGCUAGAAGACUCAAGAGGAAGAAACCCAUCGAGUUAGUUAAGUGA